GGACAUAUGGCUGAUCUCAUCAUACUACUAACUGAGGGACAUAUGGCUGAUCUCCAUAUCAUACUACUGACUGGGGGACAUAUGGCUGAUCUCCAUAUCAUACUACUGACUGGGGGACAUAUGGCUGAUCUCAUCAUACUACUGACUGGGGACAUAUGGCUGAUCUCCAUAUCAUACUACUGACUGGGGGACAUAUGGCUGAUCUCCAUAUCAUACUACUGACUGAGGGACAUAUGGCUGAUCUCCAUAUCAUACUACUGACUGAGGGACAUAUGGCUGAUCUCCAUAUCAUACUACUGACUGGGGGACAUAUGGCUGAUCUCAUCAUACUACUGACUGAGGGACAUAUGGCUGAUCUCCAUAUCAUACUACUGACUGAGGGACAUAUGGCUGAUCUCAUCAUACUACUGACUGAGGGACAUAUGGCUGAUCUCAUCAUACUACUAACUGGGGGACAUAUGGCUGAUCUCAUCAUACUACUGACUGAGGGACAUAUGGCUGAUCUCAUCAUACUACUAACUGAGGGACAUAUGGCUGAUCUCAUCAUACUGAGGGACAUAUGGCUGAUCUCAUCAUACUACUGACUGGGGGACAUAUGGCGGAUCUCAUCAACUUUAUUAUCAUCUGGAUGGACAAAUGGAUGUGCUUUUCAUUCAUCACAUGUAACUUUAAUGAAGAUACAACAGUAUAUUUGGGUAAUAGGAUAGCUAUUUUAUAAACUAUGAGAACAGGGUGGGGUGUUUCCUGCAAACAAAGCAGCUUUAACCCUUAGUGAGGACUGUUUAAGACAACAUGGCUAAGAGAGGUGCAUCAGUGAGCUAGCCCCACCCAGAAUAGCCCUAAUGGAUGAGCUGGAGACUGGACCAGCUGGAAACCGACCUGUGUGUGUGUGUGUGUGUGUGUGUGUGUGUGUGUGUGUGUGUGUGUGUGUGUGUGUGUGUGUGUGUGUGUGUGUGUGUGUGUGUGUGUGUGUGUGUGUGUGUGUGUGUGUGUGUGUGUGUGUGUGUGUGUUGCAGGCCCGGUUCUAACAUUUUUGGGGCCCCCCACCAAGGGAUCAAAAAAUAUUGUGGCCCCUCUCUUGAACGUUAAAGUACAUGCCCUGCAGUUCUACACAUUUUGCCAUGUUAAUGAUAUCUGAGUGAUACAGAUGAAUAAAAUCUAAACAUUGUUAUCUGGCUGAUUGAGGGUCAGUGACUGACAUAACAAGUGAAAAACAGCUGAUGCACAACCACAUUUCAAACUUGCACCUUGUGUAUUCUACUAAUUUAACUCUCAACAGUAAGUUGAGACCCUGACUGGGUUUCCCCCAAAAAUGAUAUGAUUACAUUUUUGGGGUCGGCGACCGCUCAUGUCGCUUAUACCUGGAGCCCAGUAGUCCUAAUGGUGGUUUUAAACAAGAACUCCAGCCUAGUAAAUGAAUCCUUGUGUAAACUGUAGAUGGAGUCCUCCCUUCAGAAGUUUAUUUAGAACUAACAACAUGGACCCCAACCCUUAAUCCUCCUGCAGACACACCUGUAGAGGUCUGUAUAAAAGCCCAGGACUGACCAGACAGAAUCACACAUCAAGACUCAGAUCCAAGGAGCCUCUCCAAAGCAUCUCAAAGACCAAGACAUCUAGAGUCUGCCAGAUCCAAGGAGCCAUCUAGAGUAUCUCCACUGCCAGAUCCAAGGAGCCUCUCCAAAGCAUCUCAAAGACCAAGACAUCCAGAGUCUGUCCACUACCAGAUCCAAGGAGCCAUCCAGAGUCUGUCCACUGCCAGAUCCAAGGAGCCAUCCAGAGUCUGUCCACUGCCAGAUCCAAGGAGCCAUCCAGAAUCUGUCCACUACCAGAUCCAAGGAGCCAUCCAGAGUAUCUCCACUGCCAGAUCCAAGGAGCCAUCCAGAAUCUGUCCACACACUGAAGAUGGAGCAAAGCCCCUCUCUCACCAUCCUGCUGCUGGUACUGGGCAUCUCUCAGGCCCAAAAGGACCACAGUGGACCAGCCAUGUGGAUAGACCACCUUGAGGCUGUAGACAUCACUGAGAGAAUUCUGACCGCUAAUAACGGCUCUGAUGAGAUGCUGAUGGAGGGAGACCUGGUGGUACCAAGAACCAGAAACGCCAUGCAGUGCAUGCAAGGAGGAAACAGCUGCCUGUGGAACAAAGCCUCUAGCGGAUACAUUGAAGUGCCCUACACAAUAGAAGACAGCAGAUUCACUCCCUCCGACAUGAAGGAGAUUGAGCAUGCCGUCCAGUCGUUCCACAGCAAGACCUGCAUUCGCUUUGUGCCACGUGGCAACCAGAAAGACUACAUCAGCUUUGAGAGUUUGAGCGGCUGCUACUCUUCUCUCGGGAGAAUUGGAGGGAAACAGACGGUCUCUGUUAACAGCGUUGGCUGCAUCUUUCUCGGCAUCAUUCAGCACGAGACCCUCCACGCUCUGGGAUUCCAGCACGAGCAAACCAGGAGCGACCGUGACCAGUACGUCACCAUCAACUGGAGUAACAUCGACUCUUACAUGGCCAAUAACUUCGAUAAACAAAACACCAACAACCUGAACACUCCCUAUGACUACAGCUCUGUCAUGCACUAUGGAAAAACAGCCUUCUCUAUCAACGGGAAGGACACCAUCACCCCCAUCCCCAACCCUGACGUGUCCAUCGGCCAGAGACAGGGGAUGUCCACCACUGACAUCCUGAGGAUCAACCGACUCUACGGCUGCUGAGAGGAAGACAUCAAGUCACAGGAGGAGAGUAAAGGUGAAGAUGUCUACAAUACAUCUGACACAUUAUCCAGUGUCCUGUUCAUUCAAAUCAUCAGCCGUGUGUUAUUCACAAUAAUUCACGGCUUCUCAUGUCUUAUUGCCUUAUCGGAUUUAGAUCAAAUAAAUAUUUUGUAGUACAGAACAAUGUGGUUUUCUGUAUCACUUUGGAUUGAAACAUAGAAAUAAAAGCAUUUGAAACAACA